UGUUUUUUUCAACAAACUUUGAUGCUGAUUUCCUUCAAUCAAUCAUGAUUCGAAAACUUGUAAUAAUAUUUCUGAUUACUCAAUUGGAUUGGAUUGAUUGUAAUCAAAAUGAAUCGAGAAAUCAUAAUAAUAAUGAUGAUUAUCAUCCCAUUGAUAUGAUUAAAUUAUGGCAACAACAUAAUUCACAAAUUUUAAAUAUUUAUCAAAUGAUUAUUUCAUCCAAUUCCGUUUCCGAUGAUAAUUUAUGUUAUCAAUCAAUCAAACACUUGGUAAUGGAUGCACGUAAACAUGAACAAUAUGCAUUGAAAAUGAUCGAUUCAGCUGGACGAUUAUCAAGUGGUUUAUUGGAAGGUAGAUUCACUGAUUUAGGACAAUUUAAAGAAUGCAUCAAAUCAACAGGUCAGGCAUUUUCGGGAAGAUAUUGUCAUGCUUUUAUAACAAUUCCCGAGGAUUUAAUAUCACUUUUAUCGAAUAUUUCCGGUUUCGAUCCGGAAAUGUAUCAAAUGGUCACAGCCAAAAUAGGCAUUUGUUUGCCAUCAACUUGCGCACAAGAUGAUAUUGAUUCUAUCGUUCAUCGAUUUUCAAAAAUGUUCGUACCAGAAUUGGAAAUUCGUGUAUCAAAUUGUUUAGAUAGUCAUGACAACAAUAAGGAUAAUCCAUUUGGUUUGGGCAUUUUUUUCGCAACUUUUUUCGUAAUUUUAAUAUUGGUUGUUUCGGGAACAAUUUAUGACCAUUAUAAUCUUCGAUUAAAAUUUGUUGGCGAAUCAUAUGGUAUGAUCACUGCCAAAUUAGGAUCACAAGAAGAAAGUGAAGAAGAAGUCAUACAAACAAUACGCGAACCUACCAAGGAAGAGAAAAUUCUAAUGGCAUUUUCAGUGAAAGAAAAUUGGAAAAAAAUAUUCCAUAUUUCAGGUGGAGCCAAUUCAAUCAAUGUUUUUCAUGGAAUGAAAUUUUUGGCAAUGUUAUGGAUUAUCAUAUCACAUUCUAUAUCAUUUUCAAUGAUAUGGCUCAAUUUCAGCAAUCCAUUUGAUAUGAGAAAAAAAGUUUACAAUAUUUUUCAAAUAUUCAUGUUGAAUGGUACAUUUUCGGUGGAUAUUUUUUUCUUUAUCAGCGGCUAUCUAGUCAUGCACAAUUUGGUCCGUUAUAUGUCGGCGGAUACAUCAUCCGGUUUAAAUUUGAAAGCAAUCUAUUUGAAUCGUUAUAUUCGUAUGACACCGACAAUGAUGUUUAUUAUAUUUUUCAGUACAACCGUAUUAAGACAUCUGGGUAAUGGACCAGAAUGGUUCAUUACAACAAUAAUGUAUGAUGUAUGGUGUCGUAGUCAAUGGUAUUUGAAUCUAUUUUAUCUACAUAAUUUUAUCAAAACUGAAACUAUGUGUAUAAGCCAUUCAUGGUAUUCAGGUGUUGAUAUACAAUUCUUUCUUAUAACACCAUUAAUAGUUUUGUUGGUAUUACGAAAUCGUUGGUUAGGAUUAUCAUUAAUAAUGUUCAUUUUAUUAUCAUCAAUAACCAUUACAGCUAUUUUAACAUUUGUUAAUGGUUAUCCACCUGUUCCAUUAUUCAAUGAUCUUAUAGAUCUGGAAACAAUAAAUUCCUAUUAUAAAAAUAUUUAUAUAAAACCCUAUACACGUAUUGGACCAUAUAUGAUUGGUGUAUUGUUGGCAUAUGGAUUACUAACAAAUACAAGGGAUGUUCGUCUUUCAAAGAAAGUAUUAUCGGCCGGUUGGAUAUUUGCAGUAUCAUCAACAUUGGGCAUUAUGGUGUGUAUGUUACCAGCAAAUAAUGGUUAUUUACCAUCAAAAUUUUCUGGUGCAAUGUACAGUGCAUUAUCACGAAAUAUAUUUGCUAUUGGUUUAGCAUGGAUCACAUUUGUAUCCAUUACUGACCAGGGUGGUUGUAUACAGACAUUUUUUUCAUUAAAUUUUUGGGUACCAUUAAGUCGCCUAACGUAUUGUGCAUACUUACUUAAUCCAAUUGUAAUUGCCAUAUUUUAUGGUAAUUGUAAUCAAACAUUUGAAUAUACACCCUUACUAAUGAUUUAUUUUGCCAUAAGUAACCUAUGUGUUACCUAUUUGGUAUCAUUAUUAUUGGCAUUAUUCAUUGAAUAUCCAUUAAUGACAAUAAGUAAAAUUCUUUUAAGAAAAAUAAGGAAUCGAUUGCAAUCAACAUAA